GUGGAGGACGACACGCUGACUGUAAAGUUUGUGCUCGAAGUCCGUCCCGAUGGGGACUACGAGUCCCAGCCCCUGGGCAAUGCCGCGGAGGUCCCAGAGCCCACCCUCAGCCGCGACACGCAGGCCUUGCUGGAGCAUGGGAGGCUUAGCGACGUUCAGUUCAGCGUGCAAGGUGAGCUGAUCCAUGCGCACUCGCAGGUGCUCUGCUCCAGGUCCGAGGUCUUCGAGAAGCAGCUGACGGUUGGCAUGCAGGAGUCCGUCUCCAAGGUCAUUGUCAUCGAGGAUUGCGACGUGGUCACCUUUAAAGCCUUCCUGCAGUUCCUAUACACUGACAGCCUCCCCGACGUCAAGGAGCUCGUGGCAGAGACCAGCAGCAUGGACGGGAGCCCACCCUUGUCGCAGAUGCAGGCGCUGCUGGCGGUGAGCCACAAGUAUCAGGUGACGAGGCUCCAGCGCUGGUGCGAGUGGAAGCUUUGCCAGCAGCUCAGCACCUCGGAGGUCUGCGGCCUCCUUUGCCAGGCGCACCUCCUCCAGGCCAAGCAGCUCGAGAACGCCUGCCUGUCCUACAUGAGGGACCACAUGAGCCAGGUACUCAAGCUCCCCGCCUACGCGGAGCUGAUCAAGAAGUGGCCUCAGAUCGGGAUGAAGGUCAGCCUCUUCACCGCGGGCGUCUCCGAGACCGAGGCAGCUGAGGCCAUGGGUGCCUUGGCAGGCCCCGACUCACUCCUUGCGCUGGCGACGAAGUAG